GUAGAGUUUGCUGAUGGUGGAAUAGCAGAAGAAGAGGAAGAGGAAGGUGUCUUGCGGCAGCAGGAGAUGACACGACGCAAGUGCCAGGCAUUAGCACGGCGCUGCAAGGAGUUGGAACAGGUGAAUGAGAGGAUGUUAAAUCGGUUGCAUCAGGUUCAGAGAAUAACACUGCGACUGAAGCAGGAGAGAAGGUUUCUCAUGAGGGUGUUGGAUUCGUAUGGCGAUGAUUACAGACAAGGCCAUCUGGACAUAGUCUUAGAGGUAAGAAAGUUGGCUGAAGAGGCCAAAGCAGCCCUCACUAACUUGGAGUCAUCCAGCUGUUUUGGACUGCCUCACUUAAUCAUGGGUGUUAAGUCUGAAGAGGAGUUCCAGUGUGAGCAAGAGGAUGUCCUUGCCUCCGCCUGGCAGCCAUCCAGCCCCCGAGACAAGCUACUUCAUUACCCUAAGUUUUCAAGCCCCGGAGCCUGUUCUGAUUUUGACUGAGGCCAGCCACCACUUGCCUGAACUCUAAAGGAGAUUCUAUACAUCACUUACAUCUGUUGCUUCCCACCAAUUUGUCAGAUGACACUGAAGGAGCACAUGCUCAUUUUCCAAGGACAGAAGGAGAUGGAGUAUAGAAAUUCAACACACCUACUGCACACCAAACUCAAUUCCACACCGAGUGGAAAAAUCAAAUGGCAGUAUGAACUGUACUGGGACAUUUAAGAAAUAGCCUAGAAGUCAGUAGUAGUACGGAAACCACUAUGUAUACUGAGUAGUUUGCCCCACUGUAACACCUUCGCAGUGUGUGGGAUUUUAACUCCUGCUGUUGCCAGCCAGCAUGUCAAAGGCAGAAGACGGUAGGAGCUGUAGUCCCACAUAGCUGGAGAGAAUAUUGUAUUAAAUGAAGGGAUUUUGUUUCACAUGUCUGAAAUCUUAAUGUAGGAUACCGGGUGGGAAUGGGCACUUAUUGGCCAGGUUUUAUGUAUAUUUAAUGUUGUAGUGGAUGUGUUGGAAAAGAGAGUGGUGCUGCUUGAGUCAUUAAGUGUUCAGUCUCUCAUCUGUUGUCCUUUUUGUAAGAAAUGAUGUCUAAACAAAAGGGGAGGUUGUAUCUGGCAUCCACAAGUUCCUCUGAGAAAGUAGCUGAGGAAACAUCAUUGCUGUUCCAUGUGAUAAUGUUCUCUAGAGACUUGCCUUCUAACAGCUAAAGUCGCUGCUGAGGGAGAACUGGUCUCCAAUGGCCUUCAUUGUCAAGGCAAGAUUCUAAGGUGUGUCUCCUGACCAGUCUCACUAAGGACACAUUAUUACAGACAUUUGGAUUUAGCUCCCACUGGCUGUGGAGGUAUUUAUUCCCAACAAUACAUGAAAGAAUCCCAUCCCUGGCCUGCACUGGUUGUUUGAGUGGAAGUGAUGGGACCUGCAAUCCAGCAUCACUGGAGAACAUCAGCUUUGGAAGAACUGGCAUCAUGGCGGCUUGCAUUAAACGAGUCAGUUCCGUACCAAUAAAAGCAAAGCUUUGCAGCCUGUAUUGCUUAUGUCAGUUUAUCAAAGUUGUCAGUGUUUCAGUUUUUUCUUCUGUUAGUUAUAAGAAAAGACAUUAAAAACAUUUCAUAUUA